CGUCACCGUCUCCAAGGAGCGGUCUGGGGCACCGGUUUCAAAGUCGCAGGGCGGGCCGAGUGGACUUCCGCUGCUGGCCCAAGGCUUCCCCGCGGUCCUCUCGUCGCCCCUCCAGCUCCUCAGCGGACUUCGCCAUCGGACUGCCCUCCUUUCAGCUCCCUCUGCGCUCACAUAGGUGGCCCGCCAAGACCCCGGAGGAACCACGGAACAUCUCCAUCCACCCUCGUCCCCUUCUCAUCCGGUGGCAUUCGGUUGAACGUGGAACCGAAUUCACUUGCCGCGUCCCGGCGAGUUCUAAAAUCUGAAGUCUCCUCCUCGGGCCAGGUACUCGCCUGGGAGAGGGAAGCGCGGCAGGACUGCGACGCUGCGUGAGGGGGAUGCUGAUUACACCGCGGCUGAACCGCUGCUUGACAACCUCGGAGUGUUGCUUAGUUUUUUUGUUUUCCCGCACAUCGAGCUCUGUUCUUUUAGAGGAAAGAGAAAGGUGGAGAAACCUCCAAACAAAAAUUAUAUCGAAAUGGCCACAGAAAUCGACUUUCUGAGAGACCAAAAUCAAAGACUAAAUGAAGUUAUUAGGCAGUACCAAAUGGGAAAUUUUUCCAAAUAUUCAUCUAUGAAGAAUACUGUCCUCCAAGGAGACGGAGAUGAAACAUUGGUAAACUCGAAAGAUGACCAAAGCUUUUUAGCACUUCUUAUUUCUCAGUAUGAUAAACAUGUGGCAGAGCUGGGAGGGCAAAUAAAAUAUUAUCAGAAACAGAUGGGUGAGAUGAAACUAAAACUUGAAAAUGUCAUCAGAGAAAAUGAAAGGUUGCACAAUGAGUUAAAAGAUGCUGUUGAAAAGCAAUUAGAGGACCUUCCUUUUAGCGCAGAAAUAGGAAAUAAUACAUUUACAGAUGAUGAAACAGUCAGGAACCUUCAAGAACAACUGCAACUAGCCAGUCAAGAAAAGACUCAGGCUGUGGAACUCUGGCAGAAUGUUUCUGAGGAGUUAAACAGACUACAGAAACUUUACCAGGAACAUAUGACUGAAGCCCAGAUUCAUGUAUUUGAAAGUCAAAAACAAAAGGAUCAGCUGAACAGCUUUCAACAGUUGGCCAAGAAACUUCAUGUUACUAAUGAGAACAUAGAAAUGACUAACCAGCACUUUCUGAAAACAGUAACUGAGCAAAAUGUGGAAAUUGAGCGACUUCGAAAACAACUUAGACAAGCCAAGUUAGAUCUGAGAGCUGGAGUAGCAAAAGUUGAAGAGUUAACAAAAAUGACUGAAAGUCUUCAGGAACAAAUGCAAAAGAAGGAGGAGGAUAUGAUGUCUGCCCAAGGAAGAGAGGAAGCAUCAGAUAGGCGCUUACAGCAGUUACAAUCUAGUAUAAGACAAUUAGAAACAAGGUUAUGCGUGACAAUACAAGAAGCUGACCGAUUAAGAACAGAAAAAACACAUCUGGAAAAGCAGACCAGAGACCUAAAAGCCAAGUACAAUGAAUUAGAAAAUGAGAAAUAUGAGGCUAUUUUAAGAGCCAGAGAUAGCAUGCAACUCUUAGAAGAAGCUAACCUUCAAAAAAAUCAGGCUCUGCUUGAGAAGAAGCAAAGAGAAGAAGAUAUAGAGAAAAUGAAAGAAACAUUGUCUCAGUUCAUACAAGAUUCUACCAUAAGGACCAAGAAAGAAGUUGAAGAGGCCAAAAUGCAAUGUCACAUACAGAUUUCUCAGUUAAUGGAAGAACUUUCAGCUCUUCAAAUGGAAUGUGGUGAAAAACAAAGCCAAAUUGAACAAGGCAUUAGGGAAAAAAAAGCUCUGGAAGAAGAACUAGAAAAGCUUCUUCUGCAGACUUACCGUGAAGGCAGAGGAAACGAAAGUGAUUACAGAAAACUGGAAGAGAUGCACCAAAGAUGUCUGGUUGCUGAGCGUUCUAAAGAUGAUCUUGAGCUAAAACUUAAAAGCGCAGAAAAUAGAAUAAAACAACUUGAAAUUAGUUCCUCAGAAGAGAUAUCACGUUCCCAUGAAAUGAUUCAGAAACUUCAAAAUGUGUUGGAGUCAGAAAGAGAAAACUGCAGCUUUGUCAGUGAACAAAGGCUUAAACUUCAGCAAGAAAAUGAGCAGUUACACAAGGAAACCGACCAUUUAAGAAAGAUUGCUCUGGAGGCUCAAAAAAAGGCAAAAUUAAAGAUCAGUACAAUGGAGCAUGAAUUUUCAAUAAAGGAACAUGGGUUUGAAGUUCAGUUAAGAGAGAUGGAAGACAGUAAUCGAAAUUCCACUAUUGAACUGAGGCAUCUCUUAGCAACUCAACAGAAGGCAGCCAAUAGAUGGAAAGAAGAAACAAAGAAACUCACAGAAAGUGCAGAAAUCAGAAUCAGCAAUCUAAAAUAAAAGGAAAAAGGAAAUGGAAUAUUUCCUUCAAAAUCAAGAAAGUAAUAUCAUACUUGACAUCAAAUAUAGGUAAGAUUAUUACUUUUCUUAUACUAGGCAGGUUUUAAAGAGGCUGUUACAGCAAUACAAAAGUAAAAAACAUACCUGUGCUGCAAGACACACUGUAUUCUUAGCUGGGGAGUCAAAUUAUACUAAUUGAAGAUCACCUUGAUACUGAGUUUUAGGCAAAUUAAUUUUUACUUUUAAUAUUUUAUUUCUUUUACUAUUGAUGAAUCUAAACUUAUUAAAUUUGACUAAAUUUGUAUGUAAUUGCCAAAGAAUACAUUGUCCUCAAAGCUUACUAAUUAAUGGUUAUGAAUUAAUGUGAAUUUUUGAACCACCCAUGUAGCACAAGUAACAAGCAUUAUGUUCAUUUCAUUUCCAAUUUAUGUAAAAUCCUAGAGAACUGUUUGUCUUUCCAAAAUAUUUUUUAUAUUUUAUGCAUAACUUGACAGCCUGUUAGAUAUUUAAAAUCAUAAAUUAGAUUCAUAUUUAUCAAUAGUUAAUUAUUAUACUAUUAAAAUACCAAUUUUAAAGAUCUAAUUUCUUUUUUCUGUGAGUAACUAAUUUAAGCUAUUACUAUGGAAAUCAAUUGCAGUAUGUGAACAACUAGAACAUUAAAUUUAAGUCCAAGCUCUGCCCUACUUAAUUUUUCCAGGCCUCAGUUUUAUCAACUAUAGGAAUAAAAGGUGGAUUAGCUUGCUGGUGUUAUUUAUGAAAUAGUAUAAAUAUCAAAAUAUCCAAUCUUUAGCUGAGCAUGGUGGUACACACCUGUAAUCCCAAUCCUCAGGAGGAUCCUUGCAAGUUUGAGACCAGCCUGGGCUACAAAGUGAGCUCAAGGCCAGUCUGAACUGCAUAGGGAAACCCUGUCUCAAAAAGACAAAAAAAAAAAAAAAAAAAAAUCCAAUCAUCUCAUAGACUAUAAAGCA